CUUUGACUGUGUUGCGUGGUUAUUUAGAGAUUUGAUCAUUGUGGACACUGAGAAUGGACAUUCUAAGAAGCGCAUUUUUGACUGUAUAUAUCUUUGUCUGUAGACUAAUGGGUGUUAGAUCAGCGUGUGCCACUUCUCAUCUUAAAUGGCCACUCCUGCCCACGACAUGCACGCUAGAGGUGCUAUCUUCCACGAGCAGUAUCAUUGAUCCUCCGUGUCCACUGAGUUUCACAGAAGGAUAUCCCGUCUCUGGUCAGAUUAACAAUUCAGUACAAAUCACAGCUGGCUCCUUCUUCGACGUUGAUGUUACAAAUAUCACAGUCAACAGCAACGAUGACUAUGGUAUUUCUAUCUAUAUUUACCCACAGACGGACUCGGGUCCUCUCUUUGACUACCAGUCGACGGACGGCUCCUUUGAAUUGAAAGUCUGGCUAGAUAGUGGAUAUAUCAGGGCAUCACGGCUGGUAACCAACAACCCGUAUACUUACUUGGUGAACGAACAACUGAAUCCAGUCAUCGUAAACACGUGGCAAAAAGUGGGCGUGUCAGUGGACACUGGCGCUAAAAAACUAAUAACACAUGUUUCAAACAACUUGCAGAUUAAUAAGGACAGUGUCAGCACCAAAGACCAGGCAAGUAACACUAAUAACGAUAUCGACAGGCUGAUCGUGACCCCGGGCAAAAUUCGAGUGGGAGGAAUGUUCAACAACAGUGUGCCUCGUACGUUUGCUGGGUUCGUGACGUGCAUAGGACUGGUAAAAGAUGAUAAAAAUCUGGACUGCCUCACUGAUUGUGCCUCAGAUACGAGCUGGUCCGUUAAUCCCACUUAUGGCAACUUUGCUAAGUUGCAAUAUGCCACCUUUUCAGGUGUUCUAAACAACGUGAUUCCAACGGUAUUGCCUAUACACCAAUCAAUGACGAAAUCGCCCAUCAUGUGCGCGGUCAAGUGUCUGCGGGACUUCCAAACCUGCCGAUCUUUCACGUUUGCAUCACAGUCCAACAACUGCUCUCUGUUUCGUGAAACAUAUACGUUGCCAUCUGACUUCUCCAACCAUCCUGGUCAUAUCUACUAUAAACUUCUCAGCUACAUAUAGUCAAUGACCAAACACUAAUACAGUAUCACAUUGUACUACAGUUCACAAUAAUGACUGUGUUACUGUAUGUGUAAUGAAAUAAGACAACUUGGUUUCUGAC